AUGGCGGUCAACAGGCUGAAGAGCGUGCUGGGCACAGCGAGGAAGGGCGAGACAUAUGAGCUGCGGGCUGGACUCGUGUCACAAUAUGCCUGGGAAAGGAAAGAGUCGAUACAGAAGACCAUCAUGUCCAUGACGUUGGGCAAGGACGUCUCAGCGCUCUUUCCAGACGUGUUGAAGAACAUCGCAACGCCGGAUCUCGACCAGAAGAAGCUAGUGUACCUAUACCUCAUGAACUACGCCAAAUCGCAUCCAGACCUGUGCAUUCUAGCCGUCAACACCUUCGUCCAGGACUCGGAAGACCCUAAUCCGCUCGUCCGAGCACUGGCGAUACGUACGAUGGGCUGUAUCCGCGUAGACAAGAUGGUGGACUACAUGGAAGAGCCGUUGAGGAAAACGCUGAAGGACGAAUCGCCGUACGUGCGGAAAACAGCAGCAUUGUGUGUGGCCAAGCUCUUCGACCUGAACCCAGCACUGUGUAUAGAGAACGGUUUCCUGGAAACAUUACAGGAAAUGAUCGGCGACAGCAACCCGAUGGUUGUAGCCAACUCGGUACAGGCCCUUGCUGAGAUCGACGACACAGCACCAGAGACGAACGCUUUAAUCAUCACAAGCCAAACACUCAAGAAGAUGCUUCUGGCCUUGAACGAAUGCACAGAAUGGGGAAGGAUCACAAUACUAUCGACCUUGGCGGACUACAAGGCAGUGGAUGUCAAAGAGUCCGAGCACAUCUGUGAAAGAGUCAGCCCACAAUUCCAGCACGUCAACCCUGCGGUCGUGCUAGCUGCAGUCAAGGCUGUCUUCCUUCACAUGCAACAUAUCGAGAACCCAACGCUGCAUGCAACAUACCUCAAGAAGAUGUCCCCUCCUUUGGUGACCCUGAUAUCAAGUCAGCCAGAAGUGCAGUACGUAGCACUACGAAACAUCGAUCUGCUCCUGCAGAAACAGCCUGGAAUUCUGGACAAGGAGAUGCGUGUGUUCUUCUGCAAGUACAACGACCCGCCGUACCUCAAGUUCCAGAAGCUUGAAAUUAUGGUUCGGAUAGCCAACUCGCACAACGUGGAUCAACUGCUCGCUGAGCUGAAAGAGUACGCCCUUGAGGUUGACAUGGACUUUGUACGAAAGGCUAUCCGUGCCAUUGGACAAGUUGCGAUCAAGAUCGAAGAAUGCGCGGAGAAAGCAGUGAACGUGCUUUUAGAACUGAUCAACUCCAAGGUCGGCUACGUUGUGCAGGAAGUCAUUGUGGUGAUCAAGGACAUUUUCAGGAAGUAUCCCGGCUAUGAGGGCAUAAUACCGACACUCUGCCAAUGUAUAGACGAUCUGGACGACCCGAAUGCGAGAGGAAGCUUGAUCUGGAUUGUUGGCGAGUACGCAGAGAAGAUCUCGAAUGCUGGAGACAUCCUGGCCGGGUUUGUGGAGGGCUUCAACGAAGAGUUCACACAGACACAACUACAGAUACUCACUGCUGUUGUCAAGCUCUUCUUGAAGAAGCCAGACGAGUCGCAAGGUCUGGUGCAGAGAGUCCUUCAAGCGGCCACCGCAGAAAAUGAUAACCCAGAUGUGCGAGAUCGAGCAUACGUAUACUGGAGACUACUAUCCUCGGACCCACAGAUCGCCAAGAACGUCGUCCUCGCGCAAAGACCCUCAAUUAUAUCAACGAUACCUGUGUUGUCAGCACCACUCCUUGACAAACUGCUACCGAACCUCUCAACACUGUCAUCCGUAUAUCACAAACCACCCUCGGCUUUCCUCGGCCAGGGCAGGAGCUCCGCACUCCAAGAAGAGGCCAUCGCGGAAGCCAAAGAGAACGCUCGCGAGAAUCCCAUCGCUGCGUCAGCGGUAUCGGCGGCCGUUGCUGGCACGACAGCGCCGAUACAAAAUACUGCCGAGAAUCUCCUGGAUAUCGACUUCGAUGGUGCUGCGCCUGCGUCGAUGCAGAAAGCCCCUGCGAUGGGCUCAUCUGGUUUGGAGGGUCUGGCUGGCACACCGCAGCGGGUGGCCAGCCCAUCGAUCACAUCUCCAGCGGCAGGGCAAGCGCCUGGAGGCGGCCUUGAGGAUCUGAUGGGAUUGGGAGACGCUGGACCAGCGACGAUGAAUAAUGGUGGUGGUAGCCAGGAUCUGAUGAAUGGCUUUGCAAGCAUGGACAUGAACGACCAGCCACCUCCAGCUCAGGCGCAACUGAACGGUGGAGCCGGCUCCAAGAAGACAAACGAGGAUCUUUUGGGCUUGUUCUGA